UUACAUGGUACACACAUGAUUAUAAAUAAAGUUUACUUUUGUCCUCCAGGUAAAGCCACUUCAGCCGAUCAUACAGCAUGUGGCUGGCCAACCAGACCCUGGGUGGUGACUUUUUCCUGUUGGGAAUCUUCAGCCAGAUCUCACACCCUGGCCGCCUCUGCUUGCUUAUCUUCAGUAUAUUUUUGAUGGCUGUGUCUUGGAAUAUUACAUUGAUACUUCUGAUCCACAUUGAUUCCUCUCUGCAUACUCCCAUGUACUUCUUUAUAAACCAGCUCUCACUCAUAGACUUGACAUAUAUUUCUGUCACCGUCCCCAAAAUGCUGGUGAACCAGCUGGCCAAAGACAAGACCAUCUCGAUCCUUGGGUGUGGCACCCAGAUGUACUUCUACCUGCAGUUGGGAGGUGCAGAGUGCUGCCUUCUAGCCGCCAUGGCCUAUGACCGCUAUGUGGCCAUCUGCCAUCCUCUCCGUUACUCUGUGCUCAUGAGCCAUAGGGUAUGUCUCCUCCUGGCAUCAGGCUGCUGGUUUGUGGGCUCAGUGGAUGGCUUCAUGCUCACUCCCAUCACCAUGAGCUUCCCCUUCUGCAGAUCCCAUGAGAUUCAGCACUUCUUCUGUGAGGUCCCUGCUGUUUUGAAGCUCUCUUGCUCAGACAUCUCACUUUACAAGACUUUCAUGUACUUGUGCUGUGUCAUCAUGCUCCUGAUCCCUGUGACGGUCAUUUCAGUGUCUUACUACUUUAUCAUCCUCACCAUCCAUAAGAUGAACUCAGUUGAGGGUCGGAAAAAGGCCUUCACCACCUGCUCCUCCCACGUUACAGUGGUCAGCCUCUUCUAUGGAGCUGCUAUUUACAACUACAUGCUCCCCAGCUCCUACCACACUCCUGAGAAAGAUAUGAUGUCAUCCUUUUUCUACACUAUCCUUACACCUGUCUUGAAUCCUAUCAUUUACAGUUUCAGGAAUAAGGAUGUCGCAAGGGCUUUGAAAAAAAUGCUGAGUGUGCAGAAACCUCCAUAUUAA